AUGACAUCCGGCAAGCUCACUGGCGAUGCUGUCGCCGAGCACAACUCCAAGGACUCAUGCUGGGUGAUCGUCCACGGCAAGGCCUACGACGUGACCGAGUUCCUCCCUGAACACCCCGGCGGCUCAAAGAUCAUUCUCAAGUAUGCUGGUAAAGAUGCGACCGAGGAAUUCGACCCUAUCCAUCCGCCUGACACCCUGGACAAGUUCCUCGACCAGUCCAAGCACCUCGGCGAGGUCGACAUGGCCACUGUCGAGCAAGAGGAGAAGGCAUUCGACCCCGAGGAAUCCGGCCGCCUCGAGCGUGUCAAACGCAUGCCUCCUUUGGCUGCCUGCUACAACCUGAUGGACUUUGAGGCUGUCGCACGCCAGGUCAUGAAGAAGACCGCUUGGGCCUACUACUCCAGCGGAGCCGACGACGAGAUCACCAUGCGCGAAAACCACGCCGCUUUCCACAAAAUCUGGUUCCGCCCCCGCGUCCUCGUCGACGUCGAGCACGUCGACCUCUCCACUACAAUGCUCGGCACCAAAUGCUCAAUCCCCUUCUAUGUGACCGCAACCGCACUCGGUAAACUAGGCCACGCAGAGGGUGAAGUCGUUCUCACCAAAGCCGCCAAGCAACACGACGUAAUCCAAAUGAUCCCAACCCUAGCCUCGUGUUCCUUCGACGAAAUCAUGGACGCCGCCCAAGGCGACCAAGUCCAAUGGCUCCAACUCUAUGUGAACAAGGACCGCGCAAUUACUGAAAAAAUUAUCGCCCACGCCGAAAAACGCGGCUGCAAGGGCCUCUUCAUAACCGUCGACGCACCGCAACUCGGCCGUCGCGAAAAAGACAUGCGCUCGAAGUUCUCCGAUGUAGGCUCAAACGUUCAAUCCGGCGAUGAUAGCGUCGACCGCUCGCAGGGCGCCGCCCGUGCCAUCUCCUCUUUCAUCGACCCCGCUCUCUCCUGGAAAGACAUCCCCUGGUUCCGCUCCAUCACCAAGAUGCCAAUCGUGCUCAAGGGCGUACAAUGCGUCGAAGACGUUCUCCGUGCUGUUGAAGCCGGCGUCGACGGCGUCGUCCUUUCCAAUCACGGCGGUAGACAACUCGAAACAGCCCGUUCUGGAAUCGAAGUCCUCGCCGAGGUCAUGCCCGCUCUCCGCGAACGAGGCUGGGAAAAGCGCAUCGAGGUCUACGUGGAUGGCGGUGUUCGUCGCGCCACUGAUAUCAUUAAAGCCCUCUGUCUUGGUGCCAAGGGCGUUGGUAUUGGACGGCCGUUCCUUUUCGCUAUGAGUUCUUAUGGCCUUGAUGGUGUCAACCGGGCUAUGCAGUUGCUUAAGGAUGAGAUGGAGAUGAAUAUGCGAUUGAUUGGGGCCCCGCGGGUUGAGGAUUUGAACCCCAGUUUGUUGGAUACAAGGGGUUUGCAGGGUGGGCAUGCUGGGUUCAUUCCUAUUGAUACGCUGGGUCUUGGGGCUUAUGAUCCGCUUGAGGCGCCGAGGUUUAAUGAAAAGCCGAAGUUGUAA